CGUCGCGCCGGCAGAGAGCGGGCUGGGCCGGGCCCGGCAGUGACAUGGCGUCGUUGGACCGAGUGAAGGUGCUGGUGUUGGGGGAUUCAGGAGUUGGGAAAUCGUCGCUGGUCCAUUUGUUUUGCCACAACCAGGUGUUGGGGAAUCCAUCGUGGACUGUCGGAUGCUCAGUUGAAGUGAGGGUUCAUGACUAUAAGGAAGGCACACCAGCUGAGAAAACCUAUUACAUUGAACUGUGGGAUGUUGGCGGAUCUGUGGGCAAUGCCAGUAGUAUUAAAAGCACCAGAGCUGUAUUUUAUAACUCUGUGAAUGGUAUAAUAUUAGUGCAUGACUGCACAAACAAAAAGUCAUCCCAGAAUCUGUAUCGGUGGUCAUUAGAGGCUUUGAAUAAGGAUUCGGCUCCCACUGGGGUUAUAGUGGGGAACGGGGACUAUGAUCGGGAGCAAUUUGCAGAUAAGCAGAUUCCGUUGUUGGUCAUUGGGACAAAGUUGGACCAGAUUCAUGAAACUAAAAGGAACGAGGUGCUGACAAGAACUGCAUUCUUAGCAGAGGAUUUCAACGCUGAGGAAAUUAAUCUGGAUUGUACCAAUCCACGUUAUUUAGCAGCAGGAUCUUCCAAUGCUGUGAAACUGAGUCGUUUUUUCGAUAAAGUUAUAGAAAGGAGGUAUUUUUCACGUGAUGGUAAUCAGAUUCCUGGCUUUGCUGAGCGUAAACGGUUUGGAGCAGCAAGUGGCUUGAAAGUUCUUCAUUAUGAUUAAGCAGCGUUGCCAGUGGCAGAGAGGGUGUGAAUGCAAAUGUUUCAUUCUGUUCUGCUAAUUAAUCUAAGGACAGGAAUUCUUUUGAAGGGACAGCAUAUUACUCUUUUCUACAACAUAAGAGGAUAUUUGAAAUCUUUAUAGGAGAUAAAUGAAUUAUUUUUUAAUGUCGGAGUCACUGGUGUCAUUUUGCAAAUGAAAAUGCAUACUUCAAACUCCAAUCUGGAAUCCCAAACUCGCUGUGUGGAAGGGACUAUGCUCAUACGCAUCUUCCAAAAUUCUGGUCUAUUGGCUACAAUGGAGCUGACUUUCGGAAACAGACUUCAGGUUGAAGUUCUUACCUGCUCUCCAAUCUGUAAAUUACAAUGGUUCUUGUGGGUAACGUAUGCUCCUCAUGACAUAAAUCCUUUAAUAUCUAAAUGAAUGCUGCCAUUAAGUGAUACAUUGUGUAGAAUGUGAUUUUGUAAACUAAAUAAAAACUGCAUGCGAGUUAGCAAGCAGCCAUGCUCAUUUGAAGAUGUAUGUAAAUAAAAAAGAAAUGUCAACCA